CCCCUGCUGUACAUCGACAUGGUUGCGGACCGCGAUCCGAUCCUCGCUCUCACUCUCUAUCAAGCUGACUGUUCGCAGUGACAAGCCAGUCGAGCCUCGAGUCGCUCCUCGAGAGUGACCUGAGUCGCAAUGUCUCUGGCCAACGGUGCGCACCCGGCAGGAGCAGGACCAGGUCAAGAUGAUGCUCUGGUACAGCUUCUCCUCUCUUCUUCCUCCUCCUCCUCCUCAAGCACUUUCGAUCUCUUCCCUUCUUCCAAAUCUGUGGCGUACCUAACAAGCCUGACAACCCAACCGCUAGAGCAACUGCAACAGUCGCCCUCCGCAUUGCAUUCCACCCUCACAGCAUUGGAUCAACAACUGUCCAACCUGUGUUUGCAUCAAGUGCCCGCCUUCGUCACUCUACGCUCCGCAUCGGACUCGGUGCAGAGGUGCAGUCAGACGAUGCAUCGAUCCACGGAAGAUCUGUUAAAUGCAUCUCUGCCCCAAUUGGAAAGGAGAGCGUUGGAUUUCAAGAGUGCGACGGAAGGGGCAGUGCAGCAUAGAAGACGAGCCAGGAACAUUAGCAGAUCUUUCGAUCGUCGAUUGAGAAAUUUGCUCGAGGCUGCUCCAUUGGUGGAGAGCUGCAUCAAGGCUGGUUUGAACCAGGAAGCCAUCGCGCUGGUUGGCAAGGUGCAAGAGUUGGCCGAGGAGGAGACGUGGGGAAGAGGAAAUGUGUUGAGGACGUUGCAUGAGGAGAGCUACGAGAGGCUGUAUGCGCUGCACGAAUCAUUGAUGCACGCGCUCGCCAGUCCCAGUCUGAGACUGCCAGCUGCAAAGAGCACCCUCGCCUCCUUUCGACAUCUCGCGCAGCUCUCCCCGCCCAUCCCUGCGCAGCAUGCUCGCACAAAGCAUCAUCCUCACCAACUGAACUCAAACUCUUCUCAACGAAAUCUUCGAACGCCCCUUCAAUCUCUCGAUCUGCAUUUUCUACGUGCCAGAUCCGCAUCGCUGGAUCGCGCUCUACAGACUGCGAGCAGCACGCGCUCUUGGGUCUCCAUCUGGCGCGAACAGACGCUAGAGACUCUUUCCCUUCAAACGUCCCUCUUUCCUCUUCAAUCUCAGCUCACUUCCUCUUACCUCUCGCACCAACUGGUCAAGCUGGUGCAACAUCUCGAAACACUACCAGAUAGAGCCAAAAGAUCCGUCAAAACCAGUGCUGAUGCUGCUUCCGGCUCUGGUUCGGGUGCCGGUGAUGCGCUGCAAAAAUCAUCAGCCUCAAAGGAUAAACAAGACACCAAGGACUUUGUUGCUAGUCUGGCAGCGCUACAUACGCUCCUCGGCUUUGUGGAUGCAGGUCUUAGAAACUUUUCCGCUUCUCUUCCUCCUCGCGUAUCGGAGAUUCUGCAAAGCACAGCCACAUCUCUUUUCGAAGCUCAACUAUCAACACCCGAUCAAGUUCCGGACUCUGCAAAAUCACAAAUUUGGAUGCGAGAUCUCGAAGAGGUGUGCGCGCUAUCGAGCAUAGACAUGGCUAGCCUCUUUAGCGGACACAAGGAAGCAAAAGUGUCGAUCUUGUACGAACCUAUCAAACGUGCGCUGGAUACUUUGCGCAUCUUUGCGCCGAAGGAAUGUCGCGUCGCUCUUUCUGGAUGUCUGAGAAGACACCUGGAAAGGAGGUUGAAGGCGAGAUUGGAGCGCGUCGUCGAUUCUUCGAGCAGCUACGCGGUCGGACAGAUCUUCCCGCUCAAAUUGCAUGUCGAACAGGAGGGGAGAUUGGACGAGACGAUGCUGGAGUCGCAAGAAGCGCAGGUCGGUCCUGAAGAGCUUACGGGAGAGCAAGAGCGAGAGAGAAGGCUCAGAGGUACAAAGGUCCUUUUGAGCUCCAGAUUGAGCGCGGAUUUGAUCCUUGUUGAUUGGUCCAUCAGAGCGCUACACCAAGACAUCUUUGGCCAGUCAGCUUCUUCGUCGACCUUUCCACGAGCCGCUGCGGUGGGCGACGAUGCGUUGGAAGAGAUAAUAGCGAGGAUAGAGGAAUGGAUAAUAAAGACGCGCGAGGAAUGGACGGAGGGAGAGCAAGGCUUGAGAGGAAGAGUGAGGGAGGAGAGAGGACGUAGAAUGAGGGAAGAGGAGAGAGUGCGCAAAGAGGAAGAGGAGAGGCUAAGACGGGAGACGGAGGAGGAGAGGGCGCGCAAGGAGAUGGAAGAGGAGCGCAGACGGAAAGUCGAAGAGAAGAGGCGCGAGGAGGCGGAAGAGAGAGCAAGGAGGGAGGAGGAAGAGAAAGCUGGACGCGAGCAAGAGGAGAAGCGCAGACGAGAGGAGGAGGAAAGGAUCAGAAGGGAGCAGGCAGAAAAGGCGCGAGAGGAAGAGAGAUCACGCCGUGAAGAGGAAGAAAGGAUCAAAAGAGAGGAGGAGGAAGAGAAGGAGCGAAAACAAGCGGAGCAGAGAGUACAGCUCGAAGAGGAGGAGAGGAUCAAAAGAGCAGAGAAGGAAGAGAAGGCAAGAAAAGAAGAAGAAGAGAAGAGGCUGCGAGAAACAGAAGAGAAGAUGAAGAAGGAGCAAGAAGAGGAGGCCGAGCGAGAGCGCGCACGUGUGCAGGCCGAAGCGCAAGAAGACCGAAGAUUAAAGUCUGGAAAGGCGCUCAGAGAAGAGGAGGAAGGGGAACGUGCUGCGGAAGAAGCCAGACGGGAGCAAGGCGGGGAAGAUGCCAAGGGAGCGAGGGAAGUAGGGGCAGAACCUGCUGGCGCGCAGACACGGGCCAAGGACGAGCGUGGAGCACCUGAACAGGCAGGCAAAGCGGUUCAGGAAUUGCAAAAAGGCUCGAAUUUGCCAGAGGAUGGUUCGAUCGAGACGUCGCCUUUGUCGAGCAUCGCAUCGAUUGUACAGGACAGCGCGAAGGAGGAUAGCGCCAAGGCUUCUGCAGAGCUUCGACUCGACAAGACGGAUUCUUUCCCGGAUAGUAUCGAUGCUACGCAAGAAGGUGCUGCAUCGGAGCCCAAGCCCGACUUGGCAAAUGCAGAGAUCUCAGCAGCGGCGCGUGCCGAGCCCCAAGCGGAAGGAGUCGAAGAAGAGCUGAAAAUUCGAGAAAGCAAAGUAGACUCUGUUCAGACGAACCUUGCUGAAGAAAUGACUGCCAGCUCCGAUCCCGAUCCCGCUUCCACUUCCACCUCUACCCCGUCUGCGUCCGAGCACGUGUCCGUCCAGCCACAAGCUACAUCCAGCAUGAGCAUAUCGCCCAGCACCAGCGCAAAUGCAAACGCAAAUGCGACUGCGAGUGCGUCCUCACGAAGACCUACCCUGGCAGAGAAGCUCAAGAUGAGGCAGGAGGAGAGGGAGAGAAAAAAGGGGGCAAGCUAAAAGAGGCUUCCUUCUUCGAAUUGAGCUUCGCUCGACCCUCAUCCGCUCGAGAUUUUCGCAUCCAUUGAUGCGUCGAAUCCUUCUUGUCGGCUCCUUAGACCGUGCGCUCCACGACGCUGCCCUUUCCCAACUUCAUGCGGCUCCUCCCUGCACUUGUACACAAUAUCACAGACCUGUUUUUUUUUUUUCGCAAUCAGAAAG